UUUUCCUUCUCUCCAAGGUUUUAUUUUCUCGUUUCUUACUCCCUAGGUCCACGGAACACGGAUGAACUGAGAUUUUCGUGGGAAGGGAGGCCCUAACCUCCUUCCUCCGGCGUCAACAUUCGAGUUCUUGCUAUGUGAUUUUCGUGUGCCUCUUUGUCUCUCCCAUGCCCUUUUUUCCCCCCAUUUUUGGAUGUUUUCGGGUGAUUUUUUCGUUCAUGUUAACUACUUGAUCUUUUUGCGAUCUUUUUCUUAGAUCUGCGAGAUCUAGUAGUUGCGGAUCCAUGGCUGAAAUUUCGUUCAAAUCCAUGGGGUUUUGAGGAAGUAAUUUUGAAUCUAAGGUUCGAACGUUUCCCCUUCUUCUCCUGUUCUUUCUCUGCUCGAUUUCUUUCUGCAGCAGGAGCGCGUGGCGCUCGUGCAGGGGAGAGCGCUCGCAGUGCAGCGCAGGUGCGCGUAGCUCUGUGCGGCGCGGGCGCCAGGCGCUCACGGCGCAGCAGUGCCAGCGGUGGCGGCGCUAGCAGCGCGCGGCAGCCAGGCGCGCGGAGCGGCGGCGCUCGCGUGCGUGUGCGGGGCGCACGGCUAGCAGGUCGGCCAGGCGUGCAGCCCAGCUCAGCCCAAGCGGGGUUGGUGGCGCAGGCCAGCACGCAGCAGUCCGCUGCCAAGAAGGGCACGUGGCCCGAGGCCCAGCAGCUGCUCACGGCCAGAGGCAGGUGGCCAGCCCAGCUCUCGGUCUGCACAUCCCAGGUGGCCGUAAGCUGUUGAUCCAGCAUGAAAAUCAAGGCUCGGUUUGCACUUUCGUUUGUCCUUGCUAAUUAUUUCCCGACUUCCUAUUUAGCUAGUUAAUUAGUCCCUUGUGUUACUAGUGCCUUGUAGUAUUUUACAUGCUUGUUUAGGAGCUUUUAAUUAGUUUGUUUCAAGUAUUUGUUAGCAUGUUUAGCUAAUGCUGUUACACCUUGCUUUCGCUAAUGCUUUGCUUUAGCUUUUGUUGAUUAGUUUGUUUUUGCUAAUUUCUGUUAGCUCUUCUUGUUUUUCGCGCGCUUGAUUAAUAGAACCUUUCGGUGGUAGUUUUGCUUGUGUUGAGCGUUUUCGGCUGCUUCCGUUUUCGUUUCAAGUUUUGCUUUUCGGUUGCUUCUGCUUUGCACCGAGCUCUUCCGAACCGUUUGUAGGGUGAGCUUAUCACCAGUUGACUUGCGUCAUCUUGGCAGUGUGGUGUUAGGGUGAAAAUCGGGACAUAAGUCUUGUUCUGUCGGAGAAUUUUUAAAAGCUCCCGUUCAACCCCCUUGUCGCCGUUUAGGUCCUACGACAAUAAAAUCUUGUGGAUCCUCGUGCGUCGCCGCGUCGGCUUAUCAUUAAACCCCCUUGUUUUGAGGCGUCAAAAGGACCCACCAUAAAACCACCACCUCCGCGUUUAUACAGCACCACCUACGAUACACCAGCAGCAGGCUCAUCGUCUCCUCAGCUCCGCGCACCAGGUCACGCUGCUGCAAACAACGGUGAAAGCAGAAGCCGGAGAUGCCGCAGCCGACGCAGCUGCUGCCGAGAGUGGUGCAAGGAAGCGCAAGUCGCCGGCAGUGGCGUUCAGCAAUGGAGACAGCAGCAGCAUGAUGACCACUCUACCACAGCAACGGAGCUACCUCGUGUCAACGCCAGCGCCGCCGCGGGGAUCGGGCUUCCCUCAUACAAGAGCUGCUGCUAGCAUCGGCGGCAGCAGCGGACUCAAACACUCCCCCUCAAACCCCCCCCCCCCCCCCCCCCCCCCGGCACAUGAUGUUUGCUAACGAUGCGGUGCAGUUGUGGGAGGCCAUGGGCCGAGAGGGAUCAGCUGCAGCAAGCCAAUGCCAACGCCUCCAAUCAGAUCGUGAAGCUAAACGAGGAGCUGCGCCUGGUCAGAGCUUGGAUCGCAUACUACCAGGAGGAGCUGCGGUCUUCUGAGGCCAAGCACGCUCUGCUCAAGAUGGAGUACAUGGCCGAGCGCACGCAGCUCAUCGGCCACCUGUGCGCGGCCAGUGGUGAAGUCGAGCUGCUCAAGUCUGAGCACGCCGCCGGCAUCCCCCAGCUUAAGGAGGAACACGCGGCCGAGAACGCUCAACUGAAACAGGAACUGGAAGCCGACAACGCCCAGCUCAGGGAGGAACACGCGGCCGAGGUAGCCCAGCACAAGAAGGAGAGCUACACCAUGGGCUUGAGGACCAUGAGGCAACUCGCGCUCCACAUGUACCCGAACGCCAUCGAUCCCUCGGAGCUGAGGACCGAGCUGCUACUGGAAUAAGACGAUCUGGGAUGUUCUUCGGUGAGAGCGGAGGAUCAUCAGUGACUCAUGCGUGGAGCAUUGCGAAUUUGCAAGUUGAGGAUGUUCAAGAGUUCAAGUGGUGUUGUCCCCUUUUGCUAACUAUUUGUCAAUUGUGAACUUGGUACUUUUAGUGCUUGGUUAUGAAUGCCAUCUACUCCCGUAUGGCUGUAUAGUUGGUGAUAUAUCAAAAUCUGUUAUUUUCAUCUAUGUUGCAUGCAUUAUGUUUAUGCCUAUAUAUUGAACUGGCAAAA